AUGGAAAAAUACGAGAAAAUUCUCACACUGGGUAGAGGAGGAGCAGGUAUUGUUUCGCUUAUGAAACAUGUGGAAUCCAAGAAACUGUAUGCCGUGAAGAAGAUACAGGUCGACAGCUCGAGGAAAACAAAGACCAAAGAAGCCGUGUUACAGGAGGCAAACAUUUUGAGAAAUCUUACGCAUCCUCACAUUGUUGCAUGGAAGGACACAAUCUUUGACCCAAACAACGAACGCAUCUUCAUAGUCAUGGACUACUGCGAUGGUGGAACACUGGAAGACCGUAUUAAGGAGCGAGAAAAAGGAGAUCAUUUCGCAGAGCACGUAGUUAUGGGAUGGUUUGUGCAAGUUCUUAUGGCGGUUAGUUACCUACAUUCGGUAAAAAUCCUACACAGAGAUAUCAAGACCUCAAAUGUGUUUUUAACAAGGAGGGGAACGCUUAAGUUGGGGGAUUUUGGAAUAUCAAAGAUAAUGAACCACACGUUGGACGUGGCCUCUACCUGCGUGGGUACACCCAGCUACCUUAGCCCUGAACUCUGUCAGGAUCUUCCAUACAGCACCAAAUCAGACAUUUGGGCUCUUGGGUGCUUAUUAUUUGAGAUGUGUGCACUCAAACCAGCCUUUGAUGCCAAAAAUCUUUUGAGUUUGUUUUAUAAGAUUAUUAAAGGCGAAUACAGCCAGGUGCCUGAUAAAUAUUCAGGCAACCUUCACACUUUAAUUAAAAGAAUGCUGAGCCGGAUUCCUGACAAACGACCGAGCGCUAACAACAUACUGAAUAUGGCAUAUGUACAAGGACACCUGGGAGAGUUCAUCAGACGUCAAGAGUCGGAACUCGCUAAAGUUCAUGACCUAUCCACACCUGUGUCAGGAGAAGAAUGCGUCAUUGACCUUAUGCCCAGCGUGGAACGUGAAGACAGCGCAGCACAGAGUUUGACAGAGGACGAAGACGAACUUUUGAAUGAGGAGCAAGAGGUCAGUGUAGAUACGGACUCGAAUUAUUCAGAGGACUUUGAACACGAGAGCUUUUCAUCUAAUGAAGAUAUUUCUGGGGAAGAAGGCUCAUCCAGUCUCUCAAGUAUGGAUAUGCCUGUGGAAUCUCAUUUUGCUCCUGCUGACGAGGGCUCGGCUGACUACCCGGAUGACUUUGAGGAGGUGGAUGAGGAGGAACUGGCUGAAGUGGUUAGCAGUGCGAGAGGAGCCAUGGAGCUCCUGUGUGAAGACGUCUCGUCUGGGGAGCAGCUGCAGCUCAGUGAUGACGGCGGAGUCCCUGUCUCGAUGAAACGUCUCAGAGACAAGUACAUCGAGAAUGUCGGUCCUGUGUUUUACGAGGAGAUCAGCGGACAUUUUUUGAACGGUCUGACCCCAGAAGACCUGCAGCCUCGGUUUGAACAUGUGAUUGGACCUGACCACCUGGAAACCUGCUAUCUUAUCUUCAAUAUCGACCAAGAGACUGUUUACCACAUGGAAAAACGCAUUAAACGGCUUUAUGAAAUACCCGGAGGAAAGCUGGAGGUACUGGAAGACAAUGCCAAAGAUCUGAUGUUGCUGAAUUACAGUACGGUCCUGAAUCCAGACACUGCGUACAGAUCUGAAGUUGACAAAACUGCUCGUUUAAAGCUGCCACGGCGUGCCCACCACACGCAAGAGUGA